AUGGCAACAGCACCAAUGGCCAGGACACUUUUCGUCGGCGAGCGAAACAUCUGCGCCCGAUGUCUGCGUAGAGGUGCAGCUCAAGGCUUAAGGUGGAAUUCAUCCUCAUCUACGGCUCCCUCUGCUCUCUUUUCGAAAAUAAAGGGGGACCUUAAAGCCGCCAUGCGCGCAAAAGACACUGCUCGUUUGAGCGUCCUGCGCGGCACGAUAUCCGAGAUCAAUCAAGCGGCCAGUGGUACCAACCCUAUAAAGACCGACAUGCAAAUCCUCGCUCUGCUACGGAAGCGUAAAGCGGCGUCAGAGGCAGCCGCCAAAGAGGCACAGGAAGCUGGCAGACCUGAGUUGGUGGAGAAACAAGAGAAGGAAGUGGCGGUGGUUGAUGAGCUGGUGGGCGCGGUGAAUAUAAUGGGCGCCUCGGAGAUGAGGACUAUCGUGAGAUCUACCAUCCAGGCGCUAAAGGGGACAGCACCAGGGGAGUUGAAGCUCGGCGUGGUCCUCAAGGAAUUGCUGAAGCCGGACGGGCAAUUGGCGGACCAGCUGCUAGACAAGAAAGUCCUGGCGGAACUGGUAAAAGAAGAACUCACAAGCAAACAGGACCGUCCUUGA